AGUCACGCCAUCCUCCUGCCUUCAUCUCGGUUUCAUCUCAUCAUGUCCUUCGCUAGAGCCUUUUCUCCAGCGUUGCGAGAGAUUAGAAUACUCUGUUCUCAGACGGGGCAAGCAUCUGCCGGAACAAGGCAAUUCAUUCUGAACAGAUACCCAACUAUUAAAGACCACAACGCAGAUCUCCCUAUUCUUAUUCGAGAGGCAAAUGGGACCCCUGCGCGAGUCUUCGCUCGGUUUGAACGCGGAGUUGAGAAGUACGUCGAGCUAGACAACCUCACGUCGACUGAGGUGGAGUCCAAGGUCCUACAAUUACUAGGGGCAUAGCCUUCUUUUGGAAAAUCACAAAUUUCUCUUCCACUCGAACGACAGUUGAAACGUUGACGGAUUGCACGGAUUACAUCUCCGUCUUCGUGUCUUAGUAUUAGAACUUGGCAGGAAUUGGAACGACCAAUGAGCGUGGGUUGGGAAAUUACGAUUGAAUGAUGUUUGAAUGAACAAUCGUAUCGUAGAAUUAAGGAUGCUUGCGAGA